AUGGCCGGAGAGGAUUUCACCGUCGACCCCAGGAUGAUGCACGUCCAGCCUCGCAUCCGCUACAACACCAUUGGCGGUAUCAACGGUCCUCUGGUCAUCCUGGACAAUGUCAAGUUCCCUAGAUUCAACGAGAUUGUCUCGCUCACACUGCCCGAUGGCACUGAGAGAUCUGGUCAGGUCCUCGAAGCUCGCGGCAACCGUGCCGUCGUCCAGGUCUUUGAGGGAACUUCUGGUAUCGAUGUCAAGAAGACCAAAGUCGAGUUCAGCGGCCACUCGCUCAAGCUCGGUGUGUCUGAGGACAUGCUUGGUCGUGUCUUCGACGGUUCUGGUCGCGCCAUCGACAAGGGUCCCAAGGUCCUGGCUGAGGACUACCUCGACAUCAACGGUCAACCUAUCAACCCCUACGCAAGAGAAUACCCCGAGGAGAUGAUUUCGACUGGUAUCUCAACCAUUGAUACCAUGAACUCAAUUGCUCGUGGUCAGAAGAUUCCCAUCUUCUCUGCCGCUGGUCUGCCCCACAACGAAAUCGCUGCCCAGAUUUGUAGACAGGCCAGUUUGGUCAAGCCCACCAAGGGCGUUCACGAUGACCACUCGGACAAUUUCUCCAUCGUCUUCGGUGCCAUGGGUGUCAACUUGGAGACCAGCAGAUUCUUCACUCGCGAUUUCGAGGAGAACGGCAGUAUGGAAAGAGUUACCUUGUUCUUGAACUUGGCAAACGACCCUACUAUCGAACGUAUCAUCACUCCUCGUCUUGCCCUCACCACCGCCGAAUACUACGCCUACCAGCUCGAGAAGCACGUCUUGGUCAUUCUUACCGACCUUUCGUCUUACUGUGACGCUCUUCGUGAGGUCUCUGCCGCCAGAGAAGAAGUUCCCGGUCGUCGUGGUUACCCCGGUUACAUGUACACUGAUUUGUCUACCAUCUACGAGCGCGCUGGUCGUGUUGCUGGCAGAAACGGAUCCAUUACUCAGAUCCCCAUUUUGACCAUGCCUAACGAUGAUAUCACCCACCCCAUCCCCGAUUUGACUGGUUACAUUACUGAGGGUCAGAUCUUCGUUGACCGUCAGCUUAUGAACAAGGGUAUCUACCCUCCGAUCAACGUGCUUCCUUCGCUCUCGCGUCUCAUGAAGUCUGCCAUUGGUGAGGGUAUGACCCGUAAGGAUCACUCGGAUGUCUCGAACCAGCUGUACGCCAAGUACGCCAUUGGUCGUGAUGCAGCAGCCAUGAAGGCAGUCGUUGGUGAGGAGGCUUUGUCAAGCGAGGACAAGCUUUCGCUCGAGUUCUUGGACAAGUUCGAGAAAACCUUCAUCAACCAGGGUGCAUAUGAGAAGCGCAGCAUUUUCGAGUCGCUCGACACUGCAUGGGAAUUGCUCCGCAUCUACCCCAAGGAGCUUCUCAACCGUAUCCCCAAGAAGACUCUGGACGAGUGGUACACACGCCGUCCUUCAGACAAGCAAGCCAACAAGGACACCCGCGACAACCAGGACAGACAAGAGAGCGAGAACCUGAUUGACGCAUAA